GGUGCGGGGCAGGGGAACGGCUGCUCGGAGAACGGAGCCUGCUACGGUAGUGGCUACGUGUAAUUCUAGGGAAAAAUGGCAGAUAGAAAAAAUAAUAAUGCUCCCAACACCGGUGCAAAUUUACUGUUCAGCGGGGCCCCGGAGUUUAACUUCAACUUGCCCUUCAUGCCAGUGAGUCAGGCCUCUGGGCCCGCGGUGUUGUCAGGAGAGGAUUCUACUGACGUUGGCGAAGAAGACAGUUUUCUAGGUCAGACAUCUGGGAAUGGACCGGCCCCCUCCACGUUCAACUACUUCUCCAGCCCCGUAACCAGCAGUGACCCGUUCGCCUCCAUAGGCCAGUCGCCAUGCCCGCCGCCUGCCCUGUCCACCCCACCGACCAUGGCGGGAUCUGCGUCCGUUCCCAGCAGCGUCAGCAUGGCUCCACCACCGGCCACCAUCUCACAAAUGAGCCCCGCGCCUCCGGCGUUCGGCGGCGCGGUUUACCAGAGUCCGAUGGGGCGCCACACUCCGCCGCCUACCUCGGGGACUCCACCGCCUCCCCAGAUGCAGCCGCAGAGUCACAACCCGUACCGACAUACCCCGGUCAGCAGCAGGGCCAGUCCUUAUAUCCCAGCUCCAGAGAUCCUGCCACCGACACACACGGCUCAGCAGAAUCCCUACUCCCUCGGCUCACCGCCACAGGCGUUCCCACUGGCAGGACCCACAUAUACGAAGCCUCCUCCUGCACAUCUUCAAGGGCCUCCUCCUGCACAUGUUCAAGGGCCCCCACCUCCGACACAUAUUCAAGGGCCCCCACCUCCGGCCACCACUGCCGGAGCCGUAGUUCCUGCGGUUCCCAUGAUGCCGUACAACUACAACGUCUACGAAGCAGUGCAGCAUCACUGGUUCUACUGCAAGGAAGUGGAGUCGAAGAGCGUGUGGCUUCCUUUCAGCAUCAUCGACUCGCUGCAGCUCGAGGAGACGUACAACUCAGUUCAACCAGACCCGGAAAAUGUGAUCGUGCGCACAGACGGAGGGCGUUACGACGUGCAGCUCUACGACCACACACGGACAUCGGUUUACUGGGAGGAGGAGCCCACAGAGGUCCGACGCUGCAGUUGGUUCUACAAAGGGGACACGGACAGUCGCUUUGUCCCUUAUUCAGAGGAGUUUAGUGACAAGCUGGAGGCAGAAUAUAAGAAAGCUGUGUCCACAAACCAGUGGCACCGCAGACUGGAGUUCCCAUCCGGAGAAACUAUUGUCAUGCACAACCCAAAGGUCAUCGUGCAGUUCCAGCCCUCCGCCAUGCCGGACGAGUGGGGCACGACACCCGACGGACAGACCAGGCCCAGAGUGGUGAAGAGGGGGAUUGAUGACGACCUCGAUGAAGUGCCUGAUGGUGAACUCGCCAAGGUGGAUCAUCUGGUGUUCAUGGUUCAUGGGAUUGGUCCUGUGUGCGACCUCAGGUUUAGAAGCAUGAUUGAGUGUGUGGACGACUUCCGUAACGUGUCACUGAAGCUGCUGCACAGUCACUUCAAGAAAUCACUGGAUGAGCAUUCGAUCAGCCGGGUGGAGUUCCUACCUGUGCAAUGGCACACGGCUCUUCACGGCGACGCCACAGGGGUCGACAGGAGGAUAAAGAAGAUCACCUUGCCCAGCACUGGACGUUUACGCCACUUUACGAAUGAGACCCUGUUAGACGUGCUCUUCUAUAACAGCCCCACUUACUGCCAGACCAUCAUGGACACAGUCGCCCUAGAAAUUAACCGACUUUACGCCCUGUUCAUGAAGAGGAACCCAGACUACAGUGGGGGAAUAUCAGUGGCCGGACACAGUUUAGGUUCCCUGAUUCUCUUUGAUCUGCUUUCAAAUCAGAAGAAUGACUCUAGCCUUGUUAUGCCGACCGCUGCUAACGGAGAUGCCAAACAGGUGACGGCCCCUGUCACACAGGCCAAUAACGCCGUCGCCGCUCCAGCUGUGGAGGAGCAGCCAAAAGAAGACGGGGAGGAGUUCGAGGAUCUUUCUGCUAUGCUUCAACAUCUGGGCCUCUCUGAGUACAAGAGCACUUUUGAUGAAGAGAAGAUCGACGUUGAAUCUUUCCUCAUGUGCACAAUUGAAGACCUGAAAGAGAUGGGAAUCCCUCUGGGCCCCAGGAAAAAGAUUGCCAAGUUUGUCAAAGAAAGAGUGAGCAAGCAGGCUGCACGUCAGGCCGCUCAGGAGAAAGCAGCAGAGGCCAAAGAAGCUGCUCAGGUUGCCGUGCCAACACAAUCAGCUAACGCUGGGACAGAUCCCGCUCUGACGAAGCCCCCAGCCGGACGCACCUUCUCCUCUGUCCACGUGGACUACAACUACUUUGAAGUUGGCACUGGACAGGUGUCAGUGGUCUACCACACUCUGGACUUCGAGCCGGUGAACUUCUUCGCCUUGGGCUCCCCGAUCGGCAUGUUCCUCACGGUCCGAGGCCUCGAGAAAAUUGAAGAGAUGUACCAGCUGCCCACGUGCAAGGGAUUCUUCAAUAUUUACCACCCGCUGGAUCCUGUUGCAUACAGGAUCGAGCCCAUGAUAUUGCCAGACGUGGACUUGAAGCCGGUGCUGAUCCCACAUCACAAAGGAAGGAAGAGGCUUCACCUGGAGCUGAAGGAGAGUCUGUCCAGGAUGGGCUCCGACCUGAAGCAGGGUUUUAUCAGCUCCCUGAGGAGCGCCUGGCAGACGCUCAACGACUUCGCCCGGGCUCACACCUCGUCUGCACAGCUCCAGGCCCAGCUGGCCAUUGUAGCCAAUCAGAUCGAAGAGGAGGAGAAGCAGACAGGAGGCUUAGAGGACGAGCACAAGAUGUCUGAGUGUCCUGAGCUGCAAAGAGAAGAGGAGCCUCAAGUGAAGAUCGGGAUGUUGAACGGAGGGAAUCGCAUCGACUACGUCCUGCAGGAGAAGCCCAUCGAGAGUUUCAACGAGUACCUGUUUGCCCUCCAGAGUCAUCUAUGCUACUGGGAAUCUGAAGACACAGCUCUGCUUCUCCUCAAAGAGAUUUACAAAACCGUGGGGAUCCACCCGGAGCAGUUCCAUUAACACCAGCCUGUCCGAACAGUUCCCAUCUCGUUUACUUCCCGUCGGUUCUUUUUUGGGUUUUGAUGAUUUGUUUUUUUUUCUAUUGAUGUAGUUUAUUGUAUGCAGAUGAAUAAUACAAUUGUAUUAUGCCAUUUGUCUUAAAUUAAGAAUAUAUGCUAAUGAAGUAGUAGAUUCAGAGACACUUGACAAGUUUGAUAUUACAUUUUUAUAGCAUAAAUUAUAGAACUGGUCAAGUUAAAAAAUAAAAAAAAUAUAUAUGUGUAUGUACCAUCGGAUCAAACGCUAACAAAACAAAUGACUUAGCAGCAGUUAUUGCAGCCUUCUGUAAGUUUUAUUUCAUGGCCAAAAUUUCAAAAUAAAUCAUUAUACCAUGAACAAG